AUGAACUCGCAAUACCGCACUUCGCUCCAACAACAACAGCGAGUCAAGAAGAAGGAAGAAGAUCCCGCCGAUUUUAUGCGACUGUCUGAGAAAGAGAUCGCAUCAUGUAUCAGCGAAAUGGGCAUCCCCUUUCAACCUUCCGACAUCCUGAGACCCAAUCCGCAAGUCAUCCAAAUGGUCUUCGAGCACCUCGGCGAGCUCGUCAUGAAUGCCACCAGAGACAGCCUUGAUCCCGCCCUGCGCGCUGCAGCCGAAGAUGUUUGUUCAGAGUUUCCUGAACUAGUACCCGUGGAGACGAGGCUCCUGAUGGGCUUCUUCGUACAACUGCGAACUAUGCUUGAACAGUGCGGAAUCCAUGAUUUCUCCUUUAACGACCUCGUUCGCCCGACCCAUGACCGCCUUGUCAAGAUCCUCUCUUACGCCAUCAACUUCAUCCGAUUCCGAGAGACUCAUACCAGCGUUAUAGAUGAGAACUUCAACAAAGCAGAAACCACAAAGGCUAGGAUCGAGACGUUGUAUACUGAGAAUCAGGACAUGGAGCAGAGAUUGGAAGAGAUGAGGCGCAAUAGAAAGGCAAUGGAAGUGGCAGUCAAGGAGAAGAUGCGACGAAAUGACGAAUUGAAAGCGCGGCUGUUGGAACUCCGAAAAGGGCAGGAAAGAGUGGCAGAGCAGCUAGAGCGCGCCAAAGCCGAGAAAUCACGUUCGCAGGCAAUGCUAGAGGAGAAGACUGAAAGACUCGUGCGAGCGCGACAAGAGAGUGAGAAGCUAAGACCGUACGUGUUGCAAAGCCCGGCUGCUUUGCAGAGCUCCCUGACAGAGUUGUCGGACAACCUUGUGCGUGAGAAGGCCCAGAUUGAUGCGCUGGAGCGGAGAUGUCGUGCCCUUCAGACUUCAGGUGACAGUUUUACUGUUGUUCAAAACGACGUGCAGGCGUGUGUCAAAGUUCUGGAGGAGAUUGCAGUGGAGCUGCAGAAGGAGGAGGAAGAAGACGCCCGAGCGGCAAAGAACCGCGACGCUCUUGCAGAGCGUGGAAAUAACGUGCGCGAGGUGGAACAGAAUGAGAAGCUGCUCCAGCGGCAGCUCAAAAAGUGGGAAGAACGCAUAGAGGAGCUGCGUCGGAAGCACAAGGAUCGAGAUGAAGCCAACAAGGCCAAAAUGGACGAGCUGAGGGAGAUUCAGAAGCAUCUCCGAGAUGAGAGGGCCGACAAGGGGCGGGAGAUGGAGAGGAAGAAAGUUAGGAUCGAGCAAACUGAGAAGAAGAUGGCCGAUCUCAAGGAUAACAUCGAACAGGAGGUACACUCGGCGCACGAGGAGUAUCUGAAACUCGAGUCUCACAUCAAGUUGUACAUUACGGAAAUGGAGCAAAGCAUAUGA